AUGAAUAGUACCGAGUAUGGUUCAAUUUUAAAAAUGGGAUUCCUUGAAAAUGAAACGGUAUACGCUCUACUUUUUAUGGAUACUAUAUAUCAAAAAAUAAUCAAAUGUCAAUAUCUAAACCCUUUUUGUAAAUACUGGUCGCCAUUCUCCGUAAAAGCUGCGGGUAUUGAGAUUUG